CGGGCAUCAUGCGCAUGCCAUGCAGAAGAGGGAGGUCUGACUGGCCCUGUCUGCUAUAUUUAACCCGAGUUAAAGACGGAGAGCUGCAAAGGUCUUGUGUAGCCUGGACAGGAGGGGACUAACAGGUAGGUUGGGGGCAUACAUCUCUUCUGGUCUCAGAAACCAUGGAGGGACUGGUUUUUGAAAUGAAGCCAAAGAGAGGUGAAGUCCAGAGAGCUGACAAAACCAGGCGUAAUCUAACCCCAAACCACCACUCCUGUCCAUCCCUUUCCCAUCUCACCUCUUCUCCUCAGACUGUCGAGAAAUGUGCUGGUGCUCGGGAGAGAAGCUCGACCUGGAGGGGACAGAAAGAUGAGGGGGAGAUCAGAUAUAGACUGAUGAUGAUUGGUUUUCAACCAGUUAGCCACCUGACAACCAUGUCAAUGCUCCCCUGGGUGGUGGCCGAAAUCUGCAGGUGUGUGAAGAAGGACCAGAGUCCUGGAGGGGUGCAGAUGGAUCCUCUUUCAUGUAACAAGACAGUUCUUCUCUAUGUAUCCAUGUCGUCGGUGCGGUGCGUGUCCACUAUGGGAGAGCAAAGUCUCUGGGACCCUCUGACACACAACGUACUGUUUGAAUGUCGUCCUCACCAAGUUACCAAGCUGAUCCACAACAGCCAGGAGCCCAGCAUCUUUGCCUGCCUGGUGAGAGACCCACUCGGGUCUGCCUGUUAUGUCUUCCAGUGCCUGGACAGCACCAAGGUCCCUGAGAUCAUCAGUACGUUGAGGCAGGCUGGCAAAAGCUCAGCACGCAACAAUGAGCUCACCACUGAUUCCAGCAAGACGACCAUUAGCUCUGGAGGAAGCGACUCUACUGAAACGUCCUCCACUACAAACUCUACAGCUCCCAUCUCCGCUGUGUCCCCAACAACCUUUGCCAAAAAGUUUGAGGUACUGUUUUGUGGCCGAGUGAGCGUUGCUCAUAAGAAGGCCCCGCCCGCUCUGAUAGAUGAGUGCAUCGAGAAGUUCAGUAAGCUACAUGGCUCAGGGUCAUCUGACAAAGGAGGAAAUGGUGGCAGGCUGGUGGAUGGGCUGAGGAGGGCAUUAAGCUUCCAGUCCAAUGGACUGGGAGGUGGAUCUGUACGCAAUGGUUCAGCUGGGAGCCCCAGUUCUGGGACACAACCUGUUCUGUUCAAGCGAGGCCAUAGUUUCCCCAGUCUGGAUGCGCUGGAUGAAAACGGUCUUUCACCAGAGAUUUCUAAUGCUGACACUACAGAUCUGUUCAACUCUCCUGCUAAAGUCCAGCCCACCAGUCUGCAGGAGAACCGGACAAUGCUGUUUACGGUGGGUAAGUCCCAGAUCUUCCUGGUUAGUCCAGACACCAAGAAGGUUUCCAUAGAAAAGGGUUUCAGAGAAAUUUCCUUCUGCUCUCAGGGAAUUCGUCACGUUGACCACUUUGGCUUCAUCUGCAGGGAAACCGAUGAAAGUGGAAACUGGCAUUUUGUGUGUUACGUCUUUCAGUGUACCGAUGAGUCACUGGUGGAUGAAAUCAUGCUGACUUUAAAGCAGGCGUUCACCGUGGCAGCCCUGCAGCAGAAUGCAAAGACCCAGAGCCAGCAGUGUGACUGCUGCCCCAUGCAUCAGCUCCACAGACUGUGUGAGAGCAUAGAAGGUCUGCACCCAUCAAAAACAAAACUGGAGCUUCAGAAACACCUGGCCACUUUGAACAACGAGGAGCAAGCUUCAGUCUUUGAAAACACUAUGAGGGCUCGACCUAAGAGUGAUCAGGAAGAAAAUGAGUUGGUGAUGGCUUCUCUAAGGAACCUCUAUGAAGAGAAACAGAAAAACCACCAGCACAGCCUUCCGGGAGACAACAAACAGGUCUUUGAGGAUGCAGCUCCAGCUCCUCAGGAUGGACCACAGCAGAUUAGUAGUCGGCUGGAGCUGUUCAAAAGCCGAGCCAAGCGCUCUCUCACAGAGUCCCUGGAGGGCAUCUGGAAGGGAAGUAGCAAAGCCAGACUUCAGAGAGACAGCAGUCAGGGAAGUGAGAGCAGCUCUACUGCCAACAUUAGCCAAGAUCAGCGGUCUCUGGAUGACCCCUUAAUGUCCUCACCUCAUCUACGAUCCACCAGCCCUCUCAGAGGCCACAACUCAACAGGUGACCUGAAGCUUCUCGGCAGUUCUCCUCCUCUAUCAUUCACCUCCUCCUCUCUACCUGGUGAUCCAGAGCUGCAGGGCUUCCGCCGUAGAGCCAGCACCUUCAGUCAUUCCCCCUCCUCUUCCUCCGUAUUCGAGUUCUCCCCGCUGCACAAACUGUCUCACACCGGACAGGACACCAAUACAUCUUCCAAACCCAAACUCGUACGACACUACUCAGUCAGCACAGACUCCCCACAUCAGAGCAAAAAUGUCUCAACCGACUCCACCCUUCCUCCUCUUCCUCCCUGCUCUUCAUCCCACUCUCCUGUCCUCCUCCACCAUCCUUCCUCACCCUCUGCUGGAGCCCGGCUCAGUAAGAGAAGUCCUCUCGGUGGUCUCCGAGCCCGUCUCCACUCCUCCUCUUCUGUCCCUAAUUUUCUGAAAUUUCAAUUUCUGGCUCCUGUCCAAGAGAAUGAUUGUCCUGAUCUGAAGAUCAGUGACGUAGCAGGCCUUUCCACAUCGAGAGCAGCAGGUGUUUUAGAGGAAAGUCCUCUGCGGAGCCACCGACACUCGUGGAGGCAGCAGAUCUUCUUGCGCGUAGCCACACCCCAGAAAGCCACAGACUCAAACGAGCGGCUGGAUUCCUGUCUGGAUGGAGGUCGAAUUUGUGUGGGCCCAGCGGUGGCAAGUGGGAGUGGAGACCCUAUGACGGCGGUGCCAGAGGAGAGUACAAAGAGGAGCAAAGAGGAGUUGAGGGAGCUCUGGAGGAAGGCCAUUCUGCAGCAGAUCCUUCUGCAGAGGAUGGAGAGAGAGAACCAGAAGCUACAAGCCUCAGAGAGUGAUCUGCAGAACAGGCGCCUGAAGUUGGACUACGAGGAAAUCACUCCGUGUCUGAAGGAGGUCACUCUGGUGUGGGAGAAAAUGCUGGGAACUCCUGGGAGGUCAAAGGUCAAGUUUGACUUGGACACCAUACAUGCUGCUGUUACACAAGGUGUCCCAAGGCAGCAUCGAGGUGAGAUCUGGAAGUUCCUCUCCGAACAGUAUUUGCUCAGACAGACGGUUCCUUCACGGCCUCCGUCCAACUCCUCUCCGUACAAAGAGCUGCUGAAACAACUGACCUCACAGCAGCACGCCAUCCUCAUAGACCUGGGUCGCACUUUUCCCACUCACCCAUAUUUCCAAGCCCAGCUGGGGGCAGGACAGCUCUCUCUAUACAACAUCCUGAAAGCCUACUCACUGCUCGACCCUGAGGUGGGUUACUGUCAGGGCCUGUCCUUCAUCGCUGGAGUUCUGCUUUUACACAUGGGGGAAGAGGAUGCCUUCAAUAUGCUCAAAUUUCUGAUGUUUGAUGCGGGGCUCCGUAAGCAGUACAGGCCUGACAUGAUCAUCUUACAGAUCCAGAUGUACCAGCUGUCGCGGCUGCUUCAUGACUACCACAGGGAUCUGCACAGCCACCUGGAGCAGCAGGAGAUCGGGCCCAGUCUGUACGCUACCCCCUGGUUCCUCACACUUUUUGCUUCACACUUCCCCCUCGGCUUUGUUGCUCGAGUUUUUGACAUGUUGUUUCUACAGGGUUCAGAGGUCAUCUUUAAAGUAGCUUUGAGCCUUCUAGGCAGCCACAAGCCUCUGAUCCUGCAGCAUGACAGCUUGGAGUCCAUAGUGGACUUCAUCAAGACCACGCUGCCCAACCUGGGCCUGGUGCAGAUGGAGAAGACCAUCAACCAGGUUUGUGAAAUGGACGUCUCCAAGCAGCUGCAGGCCUAUGAGGUGGAGUACCACGUGCUGCAGGAUGAACUUCUGGACACGCCACCGACCCUCAACCAGCAACAGAGAGCUGCACAGCUGGAGAGGACCAAUCAGAGUCUCCGACAGCAGAACCUGGACCUGCUGGAGGAGCUGCAGGUCUCACAAGCACAAGUCUGCAGCCUGGAGAGUCGGGUGGAGGCUUUGGCCAAGUCGGAGGGCCGGCUGAAGGAGCAGGUUUCUUCUCUGGAGGAGGAGAAGCUAAAGCUGGUGGGCACCAUCACACAACUGAAGAACCUCCUCACCAGCAUGGGACUAAGCAGCAGCCUGGAUGGACAGACGGUCACCUAACUGAGAGGCGUGGACAGCAGGACAGUGGACUCAUCUGUUCAGGAUUAUGUCCUGAAGGAGGUCGUUGUGCUGGGACUUUGAGGAUGUUUAAUAACUUUCACCAAACAAAAAUUUUGUUUGUUAUUUUUAUGAGUUUGUCGUUGGACCCAAAACAAAGAGAAGCAAAGAAUUCCAGCUAAACGUUCAGGGAGAGAGAGCGAACCAGAAUUUUGCACCCAUUUUUCUUAGCUUAAAGUUAUGAUUUAACAAACAAUUUCUACGGUAACAGCAAUCAGGAUUAAACCUGUGUGUAAAAACAUGGGUUUGUUUAUGUGAGAUGCAACAAGACUAGAACGGCCAAAGAUCGUACUCGAGCUUUUAGCUGAGAGGACAAAGAGUCCACUACCGUGUCGUUACACAAGGAUGUCCCCAAAGAGACGAGUCGGAACAAACGUGUCGUAGAUUAACGGACUGCUCACAAAGUAAUCAUCAUUAUGGUUCUGUUUAUUAUUGUUGUUUAUUAAGUUUGAAUGUAACUUUAGCUACAUGAAGCUGGGUCUCGUACUGGUGCUGAUAAUGAGAGGUUGAGUUGGGGGGGGGGGGGGGGGGGGGCGUUAUUGUCAUUCUUCCUCUACGUUUAGUUUCCUGACUGUAAAUUUAACUUCAUUUAGUUCCAGCGGUUCACAGGAAGAGUAAUACAAUAUAUCCAGUCCAUUUCACAUCCUGUUUUUCACCUUUGAAUGCACAUCGAUUUCUCCGUGGGGGGGGGGGGGGAAACAGUAGCCCCCCCCCCGUUUCAGCCACAGGAAGCAAAGAUCAGCCUCUUCUGAUUACAGUUCAAGUGACUCAGGUGUGAAACCUGUGCUGUUGAGACAAUCUGUCACCUUUAAACCCCUUUACUGAAUCCAACACUGUGUGUGUGUGUGUGUGUGUGUGUGUGUGUGUGUGUGUGUGUGUGUGUGUGUGUGUUCAUGUGUGUGUAUGGUCAACACUGUAGAGAUACUUUGCUUUUACUCGUCUACUUUUGCACAUGUUUUUGUUUUAUUGAUUUGUUCGCCUGUACUUAAAAAUAUAACUCCUAUUCUUUCAGCA